AUGGCCAUGAGUUCGUAUAUGGUGAACUCCAAGUAUGUGGACCCCAAGUUCCCUCCGUGCGAGGAAUAUUUACAGGGCGGCUACCUAGGCGAGCAGGGUGCCGACUUCUACGGCAGCGGCGGCGCGCAGGGGGCAGACUUCCAGCCCCCGGGGCUCUACCCCCGGCCCGACUUCGGCGAGCAGCCCUUCGGCGGCGGCGCGGGGCCUGGCUCGGUGCUGCCCACGCGCGGCCACGGCCAAGAGCCCGGCGGCCCGGGGGGGCAUUACGGCGCCCCCGGUGAACCGUGCCCCGCGCCCCCCGCGCCCCCGCCCGCGCCCCUGCCGGGUGCUCGGGCCUGCAGCCAGCCGGGCGGCCCCAAGCCGCCAGCCCCGGGGACGGCGCUCAAGCAGCCGGCCGUGGUGUACCCCUGGAUGAAGAAGGUGCACGUGAAUUCGGUGAACCCCAACUACACCGGAGGGGAGCCCAAGCGGUCCCGGACAGCCUACACGCGGCAGCAAGUCCUAGAACUGGAGAAGGAGUUCCAUUUUAACAGGUAUCUGACCCGGCGCCGCCGCAUCGAAAUCGCGCACACGCUGUGUCUGUCCGAGCGGCAGAUCAAGAUCUGGUUCCAGAAUCGGAGGAUGAAGUGGAAAAAAGAUCACAAGCUGCCCAACACCAAAGGCAGGUCUUCAUCGUCCUCCUCCUCUUCCUCUUCCUCCUCCUCUUCAUCUUCCUCCUGCUCCGCCUCGGCAGCCCCUGGCCAGCACUUGCAGCCUCUGGCCAAGGACCAUCACACGGACCUGACGACCUUAUAG